AGUCCAAACCAGUCCAAACCAGUCCCUCCCACCAUGGACCUCCUCCAAUCCCUCCAACUCCUGGCCCGCGACAACCUCGCCUUCUUCUCCCCUCCCGGCGGCGCCGCCGCCGCCACCGCCGGCACCUCGCGCCGUUUCGCCGACGCUUUCUCCGCCCUCCUCCACCACGGCCGCCAUCUUGGCCCCGCCCUGGCCCACCUGGCCCAGGUGGCCCCGAAUUACGACCUGGACGAGGCCACGCCCGGCAACGGCUACCGGAGCCUCAUCGAGGUGGUCCAAGUUUGCCUGGACCGCGCCGUGGAGCGCAGCCGUUACGUGGCGGCGCAUCGCAAAAGUCUCUUCUUCCGCGCCGGCGCCAACGCCGCCGAGAUCGAGGCGGUGGCGGCGGCCUUGGGGCAGCUCAGGGCUUUGCUGGUGUUGGCGGCCAAGAUGGCGGAGAUCUCCAAGCCCGGGUGUCUCUUCCCCGAUGGAGAGAAGGUCAGGAAGGACCAGGAGGAGGAGGAGGAGGAGGAGGAGGAGGAGGAGGAGGAAGGCAUCAGCGAGGUGGUGCUGCGGGAGUACAGCACCAUGCACAACGGCUGCUUCUACGGGAGGUGCUUGGGCUUCCAGUUCGUGCCGUCGCUGCGGCCGUUCCUGCAGACCUUGGCCAUCGGCCUCGUGUCCUUCGGCGAGAAUUACCGCGAGCGCGACCCCGGCAUCG